UUUAGCAUCCCUUAGUCCGAGCCACCACACGGGUCAUCCAGACACCAUCACACCAGCUCCCCUAGUCAUUCUAUACUCCUACACUCCUAUACUCCUAUACUUCUAUAUUCCUAUACCACGCCAUAUCGCGCUAUAUUGCUCUGCUCCUAUACUUCAGCCCUUCCUUUCCCGCCCCAGUCUCUCAAUCCUUCACGCUCCAAGCGAACCACUAGCCUUGGAAUAUCGCAGAGAAGGCUUGCCUUCCAGACUCGUCUCAAUGACGAUCUUCAUUGCUUCCCUCUUUCUCCCCUACACGAUUGACUUCCAAGCCACCGAGUUGAGACAUGCCCGGCGCAAGUCAUCAAGCAGCUCCUCCCACACGGAUGGCCGGAUCGUGGGCCGGUUGGCGGACUACAACCGGAAACAUCACUCAAAGAGCAUAAGCCUGUGGACUCCUGGUGCAACGACAGACGAUGAAAAGAUCUUCAAACCCUAUGUCUCUCGUUCUGCGGGUGAAAUCCCCGCCGCCGACGAUCCCAACGGCCCGGGCCCUAGCGAGCCCCGUACCAUCUCCUGGGGCCAGAGCCGUAAGUUCAAUCAACCACGCGCUAAGGCUUCAUUUCAUCCAGAGCCAUCCAUCUUGAGUCGUCCGCCGGAGGAUGAUGGCAAUCCUCCGUAUUUGGAUGGCCCGAUGGAUGCAAUAAGCUCGGAAGAAGACCAUGGAAGUCCACGUGCGUUGCUUUCCGAGUAUGACUGGGUCGUUAAAGCAGCAGAGCAGGGCAACGGCGGCCUGCGGAAUGCAAUCAACGCUGCCGAAGAAGCGGGCAUGUUGGCGGACAAGAAGUGGGUUGGCACUUUGGGUAUGCCCAUAGACUCGUUGAAAGAUGAAACUCGCGCCAGUAUCUUCGAGACCCUCGAAGAUGAGUUUGAGUCGCUCACGGUGUUUGUCAGCGACAGCGAAUUUGAAGGCCACUAUUCCCACUUCUGCCGCAAUGUCCUUUGGCCUGCUUUCCACUAUCAAAUGCAGGAGAGCCCUCGACACACCGAGUAUGAUGAUUACUCCUGGAAGCAGUACGUGAAAGUCAAUGAAGCAUUUGCAGAGACCAUUGCUGCAUCCUGGCGCCCAGGUGACAGUAUCUGGGUGCACGACUAUCACCUUCUGCUUCUUCCCGGCUUGCUGCGGGAAAAACUCCCCAAGGCUGAAAUCGGGUUCUUCAUGCACACUGCAUUUCCUUCUUCCGAGGUCUUCCGGUGCCUCAACGCUCGUGAUGCGCUGCUUAAUGGGCUUCUUGGGGCGGAUCUGAUCGGCUUUCAGGCAGAAGAAUACUGCUACCAUUUCCUGCAGUCAUGUAUUCGCCUUCUCAGUCUGGAGGUAUCCGUCGAUGGUGUGCAACUUGACCGUCGGUUUGUCCAUGUGAAGAACACACCCAUUGGGGUGGACGUCAAAGCACUAGAUGUGUUACGCAGGUCCACGGAGGUGAAAGAUUGGAUCGCGAAUAUCACCUCUCGGUACAAGGAAAAGCAUCUCAUCGUUGCUCGUGACAGGCUGGAUGCCCCGGGUGGCAUCAAGCAGAAGCUUAUGGCCUAUGAGCUGUUUUUGAAGAAGUAUCCUAAGUGGAGAGACAAGGUUGUCCUUGUCCAAGUCGCUUCGGCUUCAGAGCUGCCUGAACUGGAGGCUCAAGUCUCAAAGAUCGCCAUGAGGAUCAACUCCGUCUACUCGACCUUGACUCACCAGCCCCUGGUUCUCCUACGACAAGACAUAAGCUACUCUCAGUUCUUGGCUCUCAUGAGCGUGGCUGAGAUCUUCAUGGUGACCAGCCUUAGAGAGGGCAUGAACCUCAGUAGUCAUGACUACAUCCACUGUCAGGAUGGUGUCUUGGCACCACAACGCCACGGCUCUCUCAUCCUGAGUGAGUUUACGGGGAGUGCUUCACUUUUCAGUGGGCAUGAACUUCUGAUCAACCCGUGGGACUAUAAAGAGGUGGCCGACGCAAUAAAUACGGCGCUUGAGAUGACACCAGAGCAGAAAGAACGCAAUUGGGAAUUCUUGCUCGAAAAGAAAACCCCUCAUACCGCCGUAGCCUGGUUCGGUUUCUUCCAAGCCGCACUGACCAAAGCUCACAGCAUGCAACAGGCUCGCGAACUUGACCAGGUGUCUCCUCUUUCCGUCGACGCCGUGAAAGAAGCAUAUGACAGCUCCGAAUCGCGGCUCUUCUUCCUAGAGGAUGAGGGCAUCCUGGCUUCUACCACUGGAGCUCCCACUGACCUAGUCGCUCUGCUUGAGCGUCUUUUAGAAGACCCCAAGAACCAAGUAUACGUGACUAGCAGCAGAAGCCCCGAACAACUCGACUCAGCCCUAGAUGGGCUGUCCACCAGGGUGGGGUUCAUCGCAGAGAACGGCUGCUUCAAGCGCGAGAUCGGUGCGUCCACAUGGACGACGCUAGUCGACAUGGAGAAAGCCAAGGACUGGCGCAACGGCAUCCGCAAAGUGAUCCAAUACUACCACGAGCGAACCGAGGGUAGUCAGAUGGAAGAACGCCGCUGUCUGAUGAACUUCUGGUACAACAACGCUGAUGAUCCAGAAAUCGCGGCGCGUCAGGCAUCGGGGCUCGCCGACCAGAUCAACGGCACUCGUGGAAGCGAAGCCAUCCGCGUGGUCCUCUCUGAGGGCGCAGUGAGUGUCGAGCCCUUGGACGUGACAAAAGCCAAAGCAGCCGAAUCCGUCUGGCAGCAGUUACCCCGCACCCCCGACUUCGUGUUUGUCGCGGGCGGUGCGCGAGGCGACGAAGCCCUCUUCCGCUGGGCUAAUGGCCUGCAUGAUGCUGAUGACCAGAAGAUCCCCAGCGUGACCACCCUCACCGUGGGCGCGCACGCCACCGAGGCCAAAGCUGUCCCGCCAGGCGACAUGAGCAUGGCCGACAUCGUAGACGCCUUCAGCCCUCGCCCCAUGGUGCCAGACGAGGCUCCCAACGGCCACUCCAACGGCCACCACAUCAAUGGCCAUACCAACGGCCACACGAACGGGCACUCUUCUGCUCCUGAGGUGAAUGGCGUCAAUGGAGACAGUCACUGAAUACCCCUCGUUAAUACUUCUCUAGUUGCAUGUUCCGGUCCGCACUGACACUCCUCUCCAAGCUACUACUCCUACUGCUAUCAUCUAUCCUUCUCCGUCUUCUUUUUCUUCAUCCUCUCCCUCUCCCCCUCCCUCUGUCCCUACAUCUCUCACAACCUCUCCCCAAACCUCCUCUCCUCCUUCCCAUCUCCAUUCUUCCCUCUCAGAAGAACACACAAGUACCAUCCUCCGAACAUUCCUCCUUCACCCUCUCGGUGUCACCCUUACCCUGUUUAUCCUCUUCAC